AUGGCCACCGACCAGUCCUCCAGAGGCGUAGAGCUCCUCAAGAUCCCUGGAGUCGUUGCCACUCAAGUAUACCACAGCGAGACCGUCGGGCUGGGCUCAGGCGAGCUUCAGGCCCUUCUGGUCAGCAUAGAGCUCCAAGAAGCUGCGAAACAAAAGGCUAGCCUCGGCAGUGCUGAGAAGCAGCCAGACUACUCGACCGACCUCUGGCUGGUCCUCUCUAUUGGAGAUUUAUCUUUGCCCGUUGCAGCUACACAGACCAUCGUUCCACAACGCGGACAGUCUCAGAACUCGUACAUAUUCCCAUCCCUCGAGCUUGAGGGUGCUUCGAUCAAGAUCACAUUGCCAGCCUCCACAAGCCAAACCGAGCUUGCACGCUUCGAGCAGAUCCUGUCUCAGUAUGCUGCCUAUCAGGAUGACGAUCGCGUUGAUGCUGGAAGCAUCGAACUCAUGGACGAGGACGGCAAGGUGCUUGGAGUACUUCAAGGCAAUUUCGCAGUCCACGAAGCUGACUCCAUGUCAGACUCUGGAAACGAGAAAGCUCCCGUGCUCAUCGACUUGCCACCCGAGCCUAGCAUGGAAAGCGAGAGGCAAGAUCUCCAGGUUGACGUUCUCUCUGCAGAUGAGAUGCGGGACUGGAUGAUCAAAGGCGCUGACAUGAUUUCCCGUUCCAUCAUCAAAACUUCCGAGUUUGUGGGAGGCAAAAUUCAAGGAGCUGCCGACUCUUAUGUUGCCAAGACUCCUGCCGCAGGCUCGUCUGGCUACUCGACCCGCACCAACAAGAAGGGCGAGGCAGGCCGAGAUGCUGUCAAAGUUGGACCCAAGACACAACAAAGCAUACAGAACCUACAUCGAUGGUCCGGUCAGGCGGUUCAGGUGUCUGCCAAAACCACUGGAGCAAUUCUGCGAGUUGCCGGCGACGUCGGCGACAAGAUCGGUAAAAAAACAGGCAUUCAACGCAAGGUCAAUCCCGAUGGCACCUACGGCCCACCUCCAACUGGUAUCAAGGGCUUCAUCAAUCGUUCCCUGAUCGCUGCGAAUACGGUGCUUGAUGGUGUAGAUGCUGGUGUUCAAACUCUUCUUUACACGAGCGGUGAGGCAGCUUCAAGCGUCGUCGGACACAAAUACGGUGACGAUGCUCGUCAGGUGGCAGAUGGCAUUGGCCGAACCAGCAAGAACGUCUUCAUCGUAUACAAAGAUGUGCGCGGGGUGAGGCGAAGCGCCCUGCUGAAGGCUGCUCGAUCUCGUGUCAUUAAGGCCAAGCUUGAUGACGGUCGAGAGGUGACCAUCAAGGUGGAUGAGAAGGGCAAUGCUGUGGCCUCGGCUGUCUCCCCUCCAGCGACGUCGACGGCUGCAUCCAGCUCCCAGGUCGAGGCUAGCCCGGCCUCUGAGAAGUCUUCCUUCGCAGCAGGCCUCCCUUCAGCCAACCAGAGCUCAAGCUCGAAGCCACCGUCGUACUCGACCAGCUCGAACACCUUGGAAAGCCUCCCUCCACCCCCUUCUCAUCCCUCGAUCCGCCGCUCGCCUAGCCCCAACACCAAAAACUAG